ACUUUGCUCGGAACGGGCGUCCUCACUAGAGCAGACAUGGCGGCCAGUUUAUCUUCGUCGGACGUUUGGAAUAAAUCUUGCGAAAUUUUUCUGGAACGAAUAGAGUUAGCCGUUCAAGAUAUUGUCAAGGACUUUUCUGAUAAUGGAUUUCAUGUAAUAUUCGCUGCUGUUCACGACAAAUAUAACCAAAAAGUAGCAGUUUCAACCAAACAUGUCGCCCAAUUAACAAAUUCGAUAUUUGACCAGCUACAAACUGUUGUUUCACAAGAAGAGACAAUUCCUACAAAAGUUGAAGAAGCCGAUUUGAAUUGUAUCGAAUUGGAAAUAGUUGAAGACGUUGAGAAAAGAAAGCGAGCUCGAAAAACAGAUGUUCUCUCGUGUGACUAUUGUGGCUAUAAGGCAUUAUACGAAAGAGUUAUGGAAAUUCACAAAAGAAAACAUACAGGCGAUAAGCCUUAUAAAUGUGACCAAUGCUCUAAACAUUUCAAGUCGGAGAAUACUCUCAGCCGCCAUAAACAAGAAAUACAUGAUCAAAUUCGAAAUUGGAAAUGUGACAUUUGCAAUUCGGCAUUUUUUAACAAGUAUUCCCUUACUCAUCAUGCUCUAGUUCAUACUGGCGAAAGAAAGUAUUCCUGUAAUAUGUGCUCUAAGUCGUUUAUGAGAAAGGGCCAUCUCGUUGCUCAUAAGAAAGCCCACUUGCCCAGUGAUAAGAAAGAAUUUAAAUGUUCUGAUUGUAAUGCAGUCUACGCCUAUAAGUCAUCUUUAAGAGAACACAUACUCAGGCACACAGGAGAGAAGCCUCAUAAAUGUGAAAUGUGUGACGAAUCCUUUCGCUAUCGAUGGCAAUUGAAAAGACACCGCCUAUCUGUUCAUGGUAAAGUUGUUGAUAGACCAUAUAUCUGUAAAAUUUGUGGAUUAGCUUGCGUAUCAGAUACAACCCUUCGAAUUCACACAACCCGUGUCCAUGAAGCUAACAACAGUAACGUAACAGAAACUGUAUUCUAUGAUACCAAUGUCGAUGGAAUCGUCGACGUUGAAUCUGUGCAACAUGACUUUGAUGAAUAA